GUUGAGACAGGACGACAACCCUGUCAUCUGCCUUUUGUGAGUUUUGUUGAUUUCCGUCCAGAUUCGUUUUUUAUCCCGGUUAUGCCAUUAAAUUGAGUGGAAUGCAGCGUGACAGGGACUCCUCCGGCUCUUAUGCCCGCAAGGGAAACCGCCCACCAGGACUCAGGGGCAAAAACAUAGGACUUUACUAUCGCGAUCUAGCUCGUCAGCGAAAAAAGGAACGCGGCGAGAAUGAGGAACCAAAAGAGCCACAAAUCCGGCUGGGCUGCAAUGUCAGUGUGCCGGGUGGUGUCCUCUCGCGCGUCAAGGAGUUCAUGGUGGACUACAAUCGAGAACCGGCAAGGAAAAACUCCGACAUGGAUGCCCAGUUUCAGCGGCAGUUUCGACAUCUUUUGAGUGUAAAUUUCGAAGAAUUCGUGGCGGAAACGAAGGAGAAAAACGAGGGAGUGGAUUACGCAAAUCCAAAGCUGGACGAAAAGCUUCGGCAGGAGCUGGAGAACCGUCAGCAGGAGGAGAAUGCCAGGAAACGUCUGGCGGCACGCCAAAAGUUGCCCACCAUGAAAUACGCCGACGAGAUUGUCCAGGCGGUGCGGAAAAACCAAGUUAUCCUAAUUGUGGGCAGCACCGGUUGUGGCAAGACCACGCAGGUGCCUCAAAUCCUCCUCGAUGAUGCCAUCGCCCGGGGCUGCGCCUCGUCGUGCCGCAUUAUUUGCACACAGCCGCGAAGGAUUUCGGCCAUAACCAUUGCCGAAUGGGUUAGCUACGAACGCUGCGAGAGUCUGGGCAACUCGGUGGGCUAUCAGAUUCGUUUGGAGAGCCGAAAGCCACGCGAACGAGCUUCCAUCACCUACUGCACCACGGGAGUGCUGCUGCAACAGCUGCAAUCCGAUCCACUGAUGCACAAUCUGAGUGUGUUGAUUCUGGAUGAAAUACACGAACGCAGCGUGGAAACCGAUCUUUUGAUGGGUCUUCUAAAGGUUAUCCUGCCACACAGGCCACAACUGAAGGUGAUCCUGAUGAGCGCCACUGUGCGGGAGCAGGAUUUCUGCGAUUACUUCGACAACUGUCCCAUGUUCCGCAUCGAAGGCGUUAUGUUUCCCGUCCAGAUGCUUUACUUAGAGGAUGUCCUGGCCAAAACGAACUACCAGUUUCAGCAGUCUCGCGAUCGUCGGCCCAAACGGGAUCGACCCGAGCGUCGUAUGCAGCACGAGGCGAUGAUAGAACCAUAUUUGCGGCGCAUCAGGAACUCAUACGAUAGCCAUGUGCUGGAGAAACUGCGUCUGCCGGAGUCAGAGGGCUGCGAGGACAUUGAUUUCAUAGCCGAUCUGGUUUACUACAUAUGUGAAAAUGAACCUGAGGGUGCCAUUUUGGUAUUUCUGCCGGGCUAUGACAAAAUUUCGCAACUAUAUAAUCUGCUCGACAAACCAAAAUCGCUCAAGGGCCAAAGAUGGCGGGAUCAAAUGGCUGUCUUUCCACUACAUUCCCUAAUGCAAUCGGCGGAACAGCAGGCUGUGUUUCGGCGUCCGCCGGCGGGCAAGCGGAAGGUCAUCAUCUCGACAAUCAUCGCCGAGACUUCGGUGACCAUUGACGAUGUGGUCUAUGUGAUUAACUCUGGCCGAACGAAGGCCACCAACUAUGACAUCGAGACGAAUAUACAAACACUGGAAGAGGUCUGGGUUACGAAGGCGAACACGCAGCAACGAAAAGGCCGAGCAGGUCGUGUCCGGCCAGGAAUAUGCUAUAAUCUGUUCAGCCGCGCUAGGGAGGAUCGAAUGGCUGAUAUUCCAACGCCGGAGAUACUGCGCUCCAAGCUGGAAUCCAUCAUAUUGAGCCUCAAGCUGCUGCACAUCGAUGAUCCGUAUCGGUUCUUGCAGACCCUAAUUAAUGCCCCCAAUCCCGAGGCCAUUAGGAUUGGAGUGGAACUGCUGAAGCGCAUUGAGGCUCUGGACACGUGCGGCACUCUUACUCCGCUCGGCAUGCAUCUGGCCAAGCUGCCCAUCGAUCCCCAGAUGGGCAAAAUGAUACUAAUGUCAGCGCUCUUCUGUUGCCUGGAUCCCAUCACUUCGGCGGCGGCUGCGUUGUCAUUCAAGUCGCCUUUUUACUCACCUUUGGGUCAAGAGAGUAGAGUGGACGAGAUCAAGCGGAAGAUGGUCCGCAAUAUGCGUAGUGAUCACCUUUUGGUGCACAACACCAUUGAUGCCUACCGGGAAAGUCGCUUUGCGCAUGCGGAACGUGACUUUUGCUAUAAGAAUUUCCUCAGCUCCAUGACUCUGCAGCAGCUGGAGAGGAUGAAGAAUCAGUUCAGUGAACUGCUCUACAACUACAAGUUUUUAACAUCGUCCAACUGCAAGGAUACUACGUCCAACAUGAAUUCCGGAAAGAUUCCCUUGUUGAGGGCCAUUAUUGGAGCGGGUCUAUAUCCCAACAUGGCGCACUUGCGAAAAUCGCGACAGAUUAAAAAUCGGGUGCGUGCUAUUCACACCAUGGCAACGGAUGAUGGACGGCGUGUGAACUUCCAUCCCUCCUCUGUCAACAGCGGCGAAAGUGGCUUCGAUUCGGCGUACUUUGUCUACUACCAGCGGCAAAAGUCCACGGAUCUCUUCCUGCUUGACUCCACUAUGGUCUUUCCCAUGGCGCUAAUAAUUUUUGGCGAUGGCGUAGAGGCGGGAGUGACCCAAAAUACACCGUAUAUAUGCGUGGCCAAGACUUACUACUUCAAAUGCAAUGUAGAAACGGCCGAUGUUGUCCUAGAAUUGCGUAGCAAUCUGGAAAAAUUGCUGCUCAAAAAGGCUUUAUAUCCCGCGCCCAUCGAAGAUAAUGGCUAUGAAAAGCAGUUGAUCAAAGCCAUAGAACUGCUACUCUCUUUGGACGAAAGACUGGGCGAGGAUUACAUAUCCUCGGAUGAAAUUGAUGACAUCUAAACUGCCUCAUUAGCCUGGUGUUUUAGUUUAUUGUUUAGCUCACGAAAUAAGUCAUCUUCGUGUGUAAAACAUUGUAUAUGUUAAUAAUAAAUUAUACGUGCAAACUAGUGAUGCAAUAACAAAA